AUAUUUUUCCCAUGAGUCCUGUUAUUUUAAUGGGCUGUUUUGCCAAAUGUGAGGCUUUUCAGGGAUGCAGAUGCAUCUACCCUGUCACAUCUGAAAUGCUUACCCUGGGUGGACUGAGGGUUGCAGGAGUGGGUGGCGUCAUGAUCAGUGAAGACUGGAUUUCUCUCCUCCUUUCACUCAGGGAUGAUGGCCCCUCUUCCUCUGUCUCCGCGCUCAAGCGCCUGGAGCGCAGUCAGUGGACGGAUAAGAUGGAUUUGCGGUUUGGUUUUGAGAGACUCAAGGAGCCUGGUGAGAAGACAGGCUGGCUUAUCAACAUGCACCCUACUGAGGUUCUAGAUGAAGAUAAACGCUUGGUCAGUGCAGUGGAUUACUACUUUAUUCAAGAUGACGGGAGCAGAUUUAAGGUGGCCUUGCCCUACAAGCCAUAUUUCUACAUUGCAACCAGAAAGGGUUGUGAGCGAGAAGUUUCAUCUUUUCUCUCCAAGAAGUUUCAGGGUAAAAUUGCUAAAGUAGAGACUGUCCCCAAAGAGGAUCUGGAUUUGCCAAAUCACUUGGUGGGUUUGAAGCGAAAUUACAUUAAGCUGUCCUUCAACACCGUGGAGGACCUUGUCAGAGUGAGGAAGGAGAUCUCCCCUGCCGUGAAGAAGAAUCGGGAGCAGGGCCGUGCCAGCGACACCUACACAGCCAUGCUCUCCAGUGUUCUGCAAGGAGGCAGUGUGAUUAUCGAUGAAGAGGAAACCUCUAAGAAGAUCGCUGACCAAUUGGACAAUAUUGUGGACAUGCGAGAGUAUGAUGUGCCCUACCACAUCCGCCUCUCCAUUGACCUGAAGAUCCAUGUGGCUCAUUGGUACAAUGUCAGAUACCGAGGAAACGCCUUUCCAGUGGAAAUUGCCCGCCGGGAUGACCUUGUUGAACGACCCGACCCUGUGGUUUUGGCAUUUGACAUUGAGACGACCAAACUGCCCCUCAAGUUUCCUGAUGCUGAGACUGACCAGAUUAUGAUGAUUUCCUAUAUGAUUGAUGGUCAGGGCUACCUCAUCACCAACAGGGAGAUUGUUUCAGAAGAUAUUGAAGAUUUCGAGUUCACUCCCAAGCCAGAAUAUGAGGGGCCCUUUUGUGUCUUCAAUGAACCCGAUGAGGUUCAUCUCAUCCAAAGAUGGUUUGAACAUGUCCAGGAGACCAAACCCACCAUUGUGGUCACCUACAACGGGGAUUUUUUUGACUGGCCGUUUGUGGAGGCCAGAGCAGCGGUCCACGGACUGAGCAUGUACCAGGAAAUAGGAUUCCAGAAGGACAGCCAGGGGGAGUACAAGGCGUCCCAGUGCAUCCACAUGGACUGUCUCAGGUGGGUGAAGAGGGAUAGUUACCUUCCUGUGGGCAGCCAUAACCUCAAGGCAGCUGCCAAAGCCAAGCUGGGCUACGACCCCGUGGAGCUGGACCCUGAGGACAUGUGCCGGAUGGCCACCGAGCAGCCCCAGACUCUGGCCACGUACUCGGUGUCGGAUGCCGUAGCCACGUACUACCUGUACAUGAAGUACGUCCACCCCUUUAUAUUUGCCCUGUGCACCAUUAUCCCCAUGGAGCCUGAUGAGGUGCUGCGGAAGGGCUCCGGGACACUGUGCGAGGCGUUGCUGAUGGUGCAGGCGUUCCACGCCAACAUCAUCUUCCCCAACAAACAGGAGCAGGAGUUCAACAAGCUGACAGACGAUGGCCACGUACUGGACGCUGAGACCUAUGUGGGCGGCCAUGUGGAGGCUCUCGAGUCAGGCGUGUUCCGCAGUGACAUCCCCUGCCGGUUCAGGAUGAAUCCUGCUGCCUUUGAUUUCCUGCUGCAGCGGGUGGAGAAGACCAUGCGUCAUGCCAUUGAGGAAGAGGAGAAGGUGCCCAUGGAGCAAGUCACCAACUUUCAAGAGGUGUGUGAUCAGAUUAAGACCAAGCUCGCCUCCCUGAAAGAUGUUCCUAACCGAAUUGAGUGUCCCCUUAUCUACCACCUGGAUGUGGGGGCCAUGUACCCCAACAUCAUCCUGACAAACCGCCUACAGCCUUCUGCCAUGGUGGACGAGGCCACAUGCGCCGCCUGUGACUUCAAUAAGCCUGGAGCAAACUGCCAAAGGAAGAUGGCUUGGCAGUGGAGGGGCGAGUUCAUGCCAGCCAGUCGCAGUGAGUACCAUCGGAUCCAGCACCAGCUAGAGUCAGAGAAGUUCCCUCCUUUGACCCCAGAGGGCCCAGCCCGGGCCUUCCAUGAGCUGUCCCGAGAGGAGCAGGCUAAAUAUGAGAAGAGGAGGCUGGCAGAUUACUGCCGGAAAGCAUACAAGAAGAUCCAUGUGACCAAGGUGGAGGAGCGCCUCACCACCAUCUGCCAGCGGGAGAACUCUUUCUAUGUGGACACGGUGCGCGCCUUCCGGGACAGGCGCUAUGAGUUUAAAGGUCUCCACAAAGUGUGGAAAAAGAAGCUCUCAGCAGCCAUGGAGGUGGGUGACGCGGCUGAAGUGAAGCGCUGCAGGAACAUGGAGGUGCUGUACGACUCCCUACAGCUGGCGCACAAGUGCAUCCUCAACUCCUUCUAUGGCUACGUCAUGCGCAAAGGGGCCCGGUGGUACUCCAUGGAGAUGGCCGGCAUUGUCUGUUUCACGGGGGCCAACAUCAUCACCCAGGCACGGGAGCUGAUCGAGCAGAUUGGGAGGCCCUUAGAGCUGGACACAGAUGGAAUAUGGUGCGUCCUGCCCAACAGCUUCCCUGAAAACUUUGUCAUCAAGACGACCAACAUGAAAAAGCCCAAGGUGACCAUCUCCUACCCUGGGGCCAUGUUAAACAUCAUGGUCAAGGAAGGUUUCACUAACGAUCAGUACCAGGAACUGGCUGAGCCUUCUUCACUCACCUAUGUCACCCACUCAGAGAACAGCAUCUUUUUUGAGGUCGAUGGACCCUACCUUGCCAUGAUCCUUCCAGCCUCCAAGGAAGAAGGGAAGAAACUGAAGAAGAGAUAUGCUGUGUUCAACGAGGAUGGUUCCUUGGCUGAGCUAAAGGGCUUCGAGGUCAAGCGCCGCGGGGAGCUGCAGCUGAUUAAAAUCUUCCAGUCCUCAGUGUUUGAGGCCUUCCUUAAGGGCAGCACCCUAGAGGAAGUGUAUGGCUCUGUUGCCAAGGUGGCCGAUUACUGGCUGGAUGUGCUGUACAGCAAGGCAGCCAACAUGCCUGAUUCUGAGCUGUUUGAGCUGAUCUCUGAGAACCGUUCCAUGUCUCGGAAGCUGGAAGAUUAUGGGGAGCAGAAGUCGACGUCCAUCAGCACGGCCAAGCGCCUGGCCGAGUUCCUGGGAGAUCAGAUGGUGAAAGACGCAGGACUGAGCUGCCGCUACAUCAUUUCCCGGAAGCCAGAGGGGUCUCCGGUCACAGAGAGGGCCAUCCCACUUGCCAUUUUCCAGGCAGAGCCCACGGUGAGGAAGCACUUUCUCCGGAAAUGGCUUAAGAGUUCUUCCCUUCAAGACUUUGAUAUUCGGACGAUUCUGGAUUGGGACUACUACAUCGAGCGGCUAGGAAGUGCCAUACAGAAGAUCAUCACGAUUCCUGCAGCUCUGCAGCAGGUGAAGAACCCAGUGCCACGUGUCAAACACCCCGACUGGCUGCACAAAAAACUGUUGGAGAAGAAUGACGUCUACAAGCAGAAGAAAAUCAGUGAGCUCUUCGUCCUUGAGGGCAAGAGACAGGUGGGCAUGGUCCAGGCUCCGGAAGGGACCCAGAGCCUUGGUGCUCCUGACAUGGAGGACUUCGGCCUUGUGAAGCCACCUCCCUUGGCAGUUCCUGUUGCUACUAAGAGGAAGCGGGUUGUCUGGGAGAGUCAGGAGGAGUCACAGGACCUGGAGCUGACAGUGCCCUGGCAGGAGAUCUUGGGGCAGCCUCCGGCCCUUGGAACCACUCAGGAAGAGUGGCUGGUCUGGCUUCGGUUCCACAAGAAGAAGUGGCAGCUGCAAGCCCGACAGCGCCUGGCUCGCAAGAAGAGGCAGCGUCUGGAGGUGGCAGAGGGUGCACCACGGCCCGGGGCCAUCCGAGACGGGCCCACCACAGGGCUGGGGGGCUUCUUGCGAAGAACCGCCCGCAGCAUUCUGGACCUUCCGUGGCAGAUUGUGCAGAUCAGCGAGACUAGCCAACCUGGCCUGUUCAGGCUGUGGGCUGUCAUCAGCAGUGACUUGUACUGCAUCAAACUGAACAUUCCCCGCGUGUUUUAUGUGAACCAGCGGGUGGCUAAAGCGGAGGAGGGACCUUCGUAUCACAAGGUGAAUCGAGUCCUUCCUCGCUCCAACAUGGUCUACAAUCUCUAUGAGUACUCAGUGCCGGAGGACAUGUACCAAGAACACAUUAAUGAGAUCAACACCGAGCUGUCGGCCCCGGACAUCGAGGGCGUAUACGAGACUCAGGUUCCGUUACUGUUCCGGGCCCUGGUGCAGCUGGGCUGUGUGUGUGUGGUCAAUAAACAGCUGGUGAGGCACCUUUCAGGCAGGGAAACAGAAACCUUUGCUCUCGAGCACCUGGAGAUGCGCUCUCUGGCCCAGUUCAGCUACCUGGAACCAGGCAGCAUCCGCCACAUCUACCUGUAUCAUCACACACAGGGCCACAAAGCGCUCUUCGGCAUCUUCGUGCCCUCUCAGCGCAGGGCGUCUGUGUUUGUGUUGGACAGUGUGCGAAGCAAUCAGAUGCCCAGCCUUAGCGCCCUCUACUCAGCCGAGCACAGUCUCCUGCUGGAGAAGUUGGGCCCCGAGCUCCUGCCCCCUCCUAAACACACUUUUGAAGUUCGGGCUGAAACCGACUUGAAGACCAUUUGCAGAGCCAUCCAGCGCUUCCUGCUGGCCUAUAAGGAGGAGCGCCGCGGGCCCACACUCAUCGCUGUUCAGUCCAACUGGGAGCUGAAGAGGCUGACUGGUGAGGUUCCUGUCUUGGAGGAAUUCCCACUGGUGCCUAUCCGCAUGGCCGAUAAGAUCAGCUAUGGAGUCCUGGACUGGCAGCGCCAUGGAGCCCGGCGUAUGAUCCGUCACUACCUCAACCUGGACACCUGUCUGUCACAGGCCUUUGAGAUGAGCAGGUACUUCCACAUCCCCGUUGGGAAUCUGCCUGAGGACAUCUCCACCUUUGGCUCCGACCUCUUCUUUGCCCGCCAUCUCCAGCGCCACAACCACUUGCUCUGGCUGUCCCCCACGUCACGCCCUGACCUGGGCGGGAAGGAAGCUGAUGACAACCGCCUCGUCAUGGAGUUCGAUGACCAGGCUACCGUGGAGAUCAACAGUUCAGGCUGUUACUCCACAGUGUGUGUGGAGCUGGACCUUCAGAACCUGGCCGUCAACACCAUCCUGCAGUCUCACCAUGUCAACGACAUGGAGGGGGCUGACAGUGUGGGUGUCAGCUUCGAUGUGAUCCAGCAGGCCUCACUGGAGGACAUGAUCACCGGCAAUCAGGCUGCCAGCAUCCUGGCCAGCUAUGACGAGACAGCCCUCUGCUCCAGCACCUUCAGAAUCCUGAAGAGCAUGGUGGUGGGCUGGGUGAGGGAGAUCACCCAGUACCGCAACAUCUAUGCUGACAACCAGGUAGUGCACUUUUACCGCUGGCUCCGGUCCCCGUCCUCGCUGCUCCAUGACCCUGCUCUGCACCGCACGCUCUACAACAUGAUGAAGAAACUCUUCCUGCAGCUCAUCGCCGAGUUCAAGCGCCUGGGGUCGUCGGUCAUCUAUGCCAACUUCAACCGCAUCAUCCUCUGCACGAAGAAGCGGCGGGUCGAAGAUGCCAUUGCCUACGUGGAGUACGUCACCAACAGCAUCCAUUCUAAAGAGAUCUUCCAUUCCUUGACAAUUUCUUUCUCUCGAUGCUGGGAAUUUCUUCUCUGGAUGGAUCCCUCUAACUAUGGUGGAAUCAAAGGAAAUGUUCCAUCUAGCAUUUAUUGUGGACAGCAAGACUCUCAAAAAGUGGGCAGAGCAGAGGAGGAGGAGGAGGAGGAGGAGGAACCUGAGGAGGAGGAGGAAGGUACACAGGAACCAGAUGUGGAGGACUUGCUAGAAAACAACUGGAACAUCUUGCAGUUUCUCCCGCAGGCAGCCUCCUGCCAGAGCUACUUCCUCAUGAUUGUUUCAGCGUACAUUGUGGCUGUGUACCACAGCAUGAAGGAGGAGCUGAGGCGCAGCGCCCCAGGGAGCACCCCUGUGAGGAGGAGGGGGGCCAGCCAGCCCUCCCAGGAGGCCCAGGGAGCAGCUGGAGCCCUUCCUGGAAUGAUCACCUUCUCUCAAGAUUAUGUGGCAAAUGAACUCACUCAAAACUUCUUCACCAUCACUCAGAAGAUUCAGAAGAAAGUCACGGGCUCUCGGAACUCAACCGAGCUCUCAGAAAUGUUUCCUGUCCUCCCCGGUUCUCACUUGCUGCUCAAUAACCCUGCUCUGGAGUUCAUCAAAUAUGUAUGCAAGGUCCUGUCUCUGGACACGAACAUCACAAACCAGGUGAACAAGCUGAACCGGGACCUGCUCCGCCUGGUGGAUGUUGGCGAGUUCUCGGAGGAGGCCCAGUUCCGAGACCCCUGCCGCUCCUAUGUGCUCCCUGAGGUCAUCUGCCACAGCUGUAACUUCUGCCGGGACCUGGACCUGUGCAAAGACCCCUCCUUCUCUCAGGAUGGGGCCGUGUUGCCUCAGUGGCUCUGCUCCAAUUGUCAGGUCGCCUAUGACUCCUCAGUCAUCGAGAUGGCCCUGGUGGAAGCCCUGCAGAAGAAACUGAUGGCCUUCACCCUGCAGGACCUGAUCUGCCUGAAGUGCCGGGGUGUGAAGGAGACCAACAUGCCUGUGUACUGUGGCUGUGCCGGGGACUUCACCCUCACUAUCCGUGCUAAGGUCUUCAUGGAGCAGAUCAGAAUCUUCCGGAACAUUGCCCAGCACUAUGGCAUGUCAUACCUCAUGGAGUCUCUGGAGUGGCUGCUGCAGAAGAACCCCCAGCUGGGCCUUUAGCAAGCCGAGCAGUGUCUCCAUUCUCUGCCCCGACUUCCCAAACUCAUCACCACGUCCAGGAUGGGGCACCAAGGAAAACAAUCCUCAGAGGGCUUUUGGGGAGCGGGUCAUGCGGCCCAGAAGAAAAGCAUGAACCAGGCAGAGCAGGAAGUGGCUUCACCUCCAGGUUCCAUGGGCCCCCAGCCUUGGUCAGGGCUGCCCACUGUUGGCCCAAGAAGCAUCUCCAG